AUGGCAUCCAGGCAGCAGUGGGAGAGUUGGACCGAGGAGACGAUUUGUCCAAUUUGCCUUGCUUUCUUCACAGAUCCGGUAGUACUGGAGUGUGGACACAACUUCUGCCGCUCCUGUAUCACCAAGAGUUGGGAAAAGAAGAGGAUAAACUCCUGCCCGGAAUGUAGAAGGGAGGUUCCGGAAAGAAACCUCAGAGCAAACCGGGCCUUAGCGAAACUGGCUGAGAAAGCUCGAGAAUUAACGCUGAAUCCGAAAGAUAAUGAAAGUAAACUUCACUGUGAGGAACAUCAGGAAGAAUUCAAGCUGUUUUGUGACACUGACAAGACAUUGAUCUGUCUGAUUUGUAGAGAUUCGCGGGCACACAAAUCUCACAAUUUUAUGCCAAUUAAAGAAGCUUUUGAAAUCUACAAGGAUCAAUUGAAAUCGUCUUUAGAUUAUCUCACGGAGAAGAAGUUGGCAGCCCUACAAACGGAAGUGAACCAGAAACAGAAGAUUUCUGAAGUGAGGGAACGGGCGAGUAGUCUACAGAUCCACAUCACAUCCGAGUUCACUAAAAUGCAUCAUUUUCUCAAUGAGAAGGAGCAAUGUUUACUCAGAGAUCUCAAGGAAGAAGAAAGGAAGAUUCUAGAAACAAUGCAGAAAAACCUUCGGAAGAUUCAGGAGAAUUUAAAUCUUAUUAAAGAGAAAUUUUCCAAGUUGCAGAAACAGAUGGAGCAAAAUGACGAACUGAUAUUUCUGAAGGAGGAAGUUAACCAGAACUGGAGCAUUUGUGACGACAUUCAAAACACGACAGUAACAUCUGCCGUCCUACCCAUCGAAAGGUUCAAGGGCCCUUUACAGUACGCAGCGUGGAAAAAAAUGAUUGACUCCGUUCACCCUGUUCCAGCUUCUCUGACUCUGGAUCCGAGUACAGCCCACCCACAGCUCAUCAUGACUGAGGACCGGAUCAGCGUGAGACACAAUAACCAACGGCAGUCUCUCCCUAGCAGCCCUCGGAGGUUUGAUUCCUGGGCCUUUGUAUUGGGUUCAGAGGGAUUCACAUCAGGGAGACAUUACUGGGAGGUGGAGGUCGGGAACAAAAAUGAAUGGGGCGUUGGAGUGACACGAGAAUCUGCGGAGAGGAUGGGAGGAAUCGUCCCAAUACCUGAGACAGGAUAUUGGGUGGCGGGACUGAUUUCUGGACAGGGUUAUUUUGCUUUUACGUCCCCGACAGCGCUCCGCCUCAAGCUAAGCGUGAAUCCCCAGAAAAUCGGUGUUUACCUGGACUAUGAGGGUGGACAGGUGUCAUUUUACAAUGUGGACAACAUGUCCCACCUCCACACUUUCACCGACACUUUCACUGAGAGGAUCUUUCCAAUCUUCAACCCGGGAUGGAAUUUCGAUGGCAACAAUCCUGCACAUCUGACAAUCUGCGGACUGAAAGUUCACUAACCAAUCCACCCCAUAAUUUCACACUCUCUCGUUACCUCCUACCAGGUAGCAACUGAUGGAUUUCGGUGUCAUUCACAAGUGGGGGCCCUGUCCAAAUGCAACUUGCGAGUAAUUGAGUAACAAUGUUUUUUGGUGAUCUUUUUCUGUUCAAAAUUGAAGGCAAACAGCGGCUACUGCUCCAGGGAUGCCUGUUAAAAUUAACUGAACAUUCGCAAUUCCAUCGAGGGUGAACCGAUGUUCAGUCAAAGAGUUGAAAUAAGGGUUUGACACGAACCACAAUCUGCAGUUCAAUGUUGUGUCAAAGAGGUGAAAAGAACAAAGUUGAGAUGGGGCACCGGUGAAGAAUAUGACAGGGGAACUGAUCGAGGUGCAGCAAAUUAAAUCAUUUGCUUGGAAACAUAUUUUCUGGGGCUAUCAGCAAUACAGUAAAUUUCGGAGGAUAAAAAUGAACAGAACACUUCAGUUUAUCAAGUGUACAUGAUGGAAAGUGAAUGGGAUGAUCAAAUGUGAAAAGAAGAACCAGGUUAACAUUCCACUUAUAACCCUGGUAUUAAUACUGGGAACUGAAAGAUCAGCAAGGAGAUCUGUGGAGCUGGAGGAAACAAGGAGGGAGAGAGAAGAAACAAACAGCAGCUCAAUUGUAGAUAUAGGCAUACUGGGUAAAAUGAGCUGUGCUGUUAACCACUGUUGUAAGGAAUAUGUUAGAAAUUAUUGUUAAACACGCCUUAACAGGCCACUUUCUUUACGUUCAUAGAAUCAUACAAUCUUGCGAUAAUGUAGCAUAGAAGAGGUAUUUCAGGCCAUUGAGUCUCACGAAAAGAUACUCUCAAUCUGCACUAGCCCUACUUUCCAGCACACGGUCCGUAGCCUUGAAUAUUACACACUUCAAGUGUUCAUCCACGUAUUUUUGAAAAGGUUGUGAGGUUUCCCAACUGUCCUUGCAGGUAGCAUUUGCCUGAUUUCCACCGCCGUCGGAUGAACUUUCCCCCUCAAAUCCCUUCUAAACGUCCUGUCUUUUACUUUAAAAUUAUGCUGCCUUGUUGUUGAAUCUUUGAACUGAGCAGAACUGCUGCCUUCUAUCCACCAUCUCCAUGCUUGUCAUAAUCUUUCACGCCUCUAUCAGGUCACCACUCAAAAUUCCCUAGUCUGCAGAAAACAAGCUAUGCUCAUAGCCAAACUGCUCUAUCCCAAGCAACAUUCUGGUGAAUUUCCUCGUACCCACUCCAAUGCAGUCAUAUACUUCCUACAAAGCGGACGACUAGAACUUCACACAGAACUCCAGCUGCAGUCUAACCAAAGAACUGAUAGAUCCAACAUAGCCUCUCUGGUAACAUAUGCCACGACUGUUAAAAUUGAAUACGAUGUGUGUCUGCUUAACUAACAUAUUAUCCUGUUCUAUUGCCUUCGGGAAUUUGUGGAUAACCUCCCCACUAUUCCUCUGUUCCUCAGAGAUCACUAGUGACCUGUCACUCAAUGAGUACUCCUUUGUCUUCUUACUGCUUCUAUAGAGCACCACCUUAUACUUAACCAUCGUUAAAUUUCAUCUACCGCUGAUUUGCCUAUCUGAUCAAUCCACCAAUUUUAACUGUAACAAAAGACUUUCUUUCUCACUGUCAACCUCCGGGCCAAUACUGUGUCAUCCGCAAACGUACUUAUCAUGCCCCUUCCCUGUCUUCUCACACUCCCUCAGUCAUUCUCUAAUCCCCUACCCCAUCACUGCAUCUCCCAUUAACAUUUAAGUCACUCACACUCUCCGAAUCCCCCUCGCUAACACUAACACCCUGCCUCACUCUCCACUCUUUGUUUGUUCUCCUCAUACCCUUCCCUCUCCAUACCUACUUCAUCUCCUACUAUUGCUCCCUCUUGCUUGUUUAUUUGCCGGCCAGAUCAGCUGUUCACCACCUCGCUCUUCCCCGCCCACUCCACUCUGUGUCUCAAGCAGACUCUAUGUCCUACAACCUCUCCAAUCUCUUGCCCGCACCCUCUCCUUCAGCUCGUCUUCACAUCUGGGUCUCUCUUUCCUUAAACUCACUUUACUCUCGCCCUUUGCCUCCAAUUGCAGCUUAUUCACUCUGCCCCUUGUGGACUGCUCUUCCCUGAGUCUGUGUCCCCUCUCGCCAAUACCCAUCCCCAUUCCACUGCCUGUCUCAAUUUCCUCGUGUUCAGUCCUUAUUCUGAUCUGUCUCUAUUUCUCUCACGCACACACACUCCCAUACCCUAACUCUCUCCUAAUUAUUCUCUCCCUCACUCUCCCUCUCCCCUGCUCGCUGCUAACCCCAAACCCAGAAAUCCCCCACUCCCACUGCUUUGUCCUAAACCCUUUGAUCCCGUCGAUCUGCCCUGCUUUCUUCUAAACCCCCCCAAAUUACCCUCCUCCUAACUCUUCUCCUAUCCCCAGUGCCCUUCACCCCUCCAUUUCCAUCCCACUGCCCCUGCACGUCGAUCACACUUUCCUAUGUUUUCCCUUUCCUCUGUCCAUCCCUUACAGCUCUUGCUCUCCUUCACUGUGUAAUGUCCCUCACUCUCACUUCACUUUGUUCCUAACCCCGCAACACUUGCUUCCCCUUUCUCCUGUUCACCAGUCUACCUCAUGCGUACCUCCUCUCCUUCCCACCCCUCCUUUUCAUCUUUAUUCACAGCCUCUUCCCCUCCCUUUCACUUACACGUUCUCAUACCCGAUUUGAUGGCACUCUCCACUCCCGUCAUCCUCUGUGCCCUCUUACCUCCUCUUCACUCUCCCCUGCCCUUCCAUCCACUCCCACUCUCCGUCAAUUUACAUCUACCCUUUCCCUACCCAUCUUCUAUUUUAACCCAUCAUUUCACUCGCCUUGUUCUCCCAUUACAUCAUUCCAUUCCUUUUCCCUCUCUGAUAAACUUCACCAUCCCCACCCCGCAUUCUUCUUCACUGUCAAAUUCGCAGCACUCACUUUCAUCUCCAUAGCCUUCCCUCCCUCUGCACCGUUUUCCCGUGUCUCACUGUUCCCUCACCUUCCCUUUCAUACCCCAACAUUCCCAUUUUCCUUCUCUAGACCACGGACUGCGGCUUUUUUUAAAAAUUCCACGUUUUCCCCUGUCCCUUGCUUUAUCAUCGAAUGUGUUGUUUGUGUUUCUUCCCCCAUCUCCACGUCUCUGACUGUCGAUCUGAACACAGUGAUUCCGCGGAUCAUCCUGCCUGAGGACUGGACCGUUUGACGUGUGCACUUGAAGGGCUGCGGCUCCCUGACUCCCCAGAGAGGGUUGAUCCCUGGUACUGUCUUGGCAUCAGAGGGAUUCACAUCAGGGAGACAUUACUGGGAGGUGUAGGAGGAGAGAGAAGAGGGAGUGGUACGAGAGUCUGUAGAGAGGAAAGAGUGAAUCUUACUGAAAGCAAAGACAGGAUUCUCAAUGUUGCGACUGUUUAUCGGAAGAGGUUAUUUUGACACCACCUCCUCGCCUCUCCCAGAGUGUAGUUUCCCGGAAGAUCGGGGUUUUCCUGGACUAUGAGGGUGAACAGGCGUCAUUUUACAAUGCGGACAACAUGUCCCAUCUCCACACUUUCACCCAAACUUUCACUGAGAGGAUCUUUCCCUUCUUCUAUACGGGAUUGAAAUUGAUCGUAUAAACUCCGUGUCGCUGACAAUCUGCAGAAUUAAAGGGCACUGACAGACCCAUCCCAGAAUUUCAUCCCAUUCCCAAUCCCUCCUACCAGCUGAAAACUGAUAGGGGUCGAGUCCAGUCACAUGUGGAGAGCGAAGCCUAGUUAAUGGAGUCAAAGUUACCACGUAUGCCUGCUUUAUUGGUUUGUCUAUCUCUGUCUACAUCAGUGAAGCUGUCCUUAAAUUACAGCACUUUUCUCUCUUUUCUGAAAAUUAUUAUUAAAACAUAAUGUAUACGCAGCUCUUUUUAUUUAUAACUGUGGUACAAUAUUGUAAACUCUUCACAUAUUGAUGGUAUUAAAUAACUAUUUACCAAUUUGCAAUGUGAUUCUUCAACAAAAAAUAACAUCUUAAUUAAAUCCAAGAAUGGUAAACUCAA